GCACAACACGGCAUUGCUGGGAAAAUGGCGACCGUAUUUGAUAACGUGUUAUUGUCUGUGUUUAAUCAAAGUUGUGAGAUUGAGAAAACCGUGAGCACACCAUCAAGGUUGUCCGUUACAAAAGGAGUGCAAGGCUGCAAUGUUCAGAUUGAAAAUGGUCGAACAGUGGCGGCUAACUUUUUCAUUCACAAGAACCUCGAGUGCAGCCGGGUUGGAGAGAUGGGAUAUUUAUUCACAGUGCACAAUAAAAGCCUGCUAGUAAAGUUUUCUUCAAACAGUGAUUUUAACACAUUUCACAAAAUCGUUGUGCCAUUCAAGAAGGGAGUCAGUGAUGUGUCGGUGUUCACAGAGAGAACAGAAGACGCUUCUGCAACACAGUAUUUCCAGUUCUAUGGAUACCUGUCGCAGCAACAGAACAUGAUGCAGGACUAUAUAAGGACCUCUACCUAUCAGUCUGCCAUUCUAGCUAAUCUAUCAGAUUUCAGAGACCAGGUGGUUCUAGAUGUAGGGGCAGGGUCAGGUAUCCUGUCCUUUUUUGCUGUCCAGGCUGGUGCAAGACUCGUUUAUGCCGUAGAGGCCAGUUCUAUGGCCCAGCAUGCAGAGAGUCUUGUUCACGCGAACCGCCUGACCGGCAAGAUUCAAGUGAUCUCGGGCAAGAUCGAGGAGGUUAUGCUGCCGGAGAAGGUUGACAUCAUUAUCUCGGAGCCAAUGGGCUACAUGCUCUUCAACGAGCGCAUGCUGGAGACCUACCUGCACGCGAAGAAGUGGCUGAAACCCGGGGGGAAAAUGUUCCCAACGUGUGGUGAUCUGCAUAUAGCACCAUUCACUGAUGAAGCUCUGUUCAUGGAACAAUUCAGCAAGGCGAACUUCUGGUACCAGGAAUCAUUUCAUGGAGUCGACCUGACCAGCCUGCGACAGCAGGCAGUUGAGGAGUACUUCAGACAGCCCAUCGUGGAUACAUUUGAUGUGCGCAUCUGCUUGGCACGCAGCAUCAAGCACAGCGUGGACUUUCAGACAGCAGAGGAGACGGAUCUUCAUCACAUUGAAAUACCUCUAGACUUCCGAGCCAUCAGUUCCGGGCACGUUCACGGUCUUGCCUUCUGGUUCGACGUUGCCUUCCUGGGAUCCCAGCAAUCGGUAUGGCUUUCAACAUCGCCCACAGAACCUCUGACACACUGGUAUCAAGUGAGGUGCCUUGUGCAAAACCCUAUCUUUGUCAAGACAGGCGACCGACUUCUAGGAGAGGUGGUUCUCACGGCCAACGAAAGACAGAGCUACGAUGUCGAGAUCGUUCUGUACAGAGAGGGCAGUACUGUCAGAUCCAGCAACACUCUUGACUUGAAGAACCCAUUUUUCCGCUACACGGGACAACCACCUCAACCUCCCCCAGGUCAGAACACGGCCUCUCCCAGCGAUGCGUAUAAUAUGCUGACACCAAAUCAGACGGGUCAAGGACAGGGCAUACAAGUGAUCGGUGGUGACCCAGUAGUUAUGAACGGGGAAUUGAUGUCAAACCAUACACCAUCAACAAACUAUGCUCAUUUUGCAAAUGUUCAAGCGAUUCACCCAGGCUGUAUACCAGCAGUUGGUACGGUAGCAUCACAGAGACCUCACUCUGUAACCAGCCUGGCACUUGCCAGCAGUGCAGGUGGAGGCAUUGCUCCCAGUGUCUUCACACAGGGGAAUAUGAUAGGAUCUGGAGGUAACAUUGCCCACUUCGCACUCAGCAACACAUUCAUGAUCGGUGACUACGCAACGCCAGGAAAUCUGAUGUCGUUGUCUAGCAACACGCAGUCUACCAACGCUUAUCGACACUGAAACAAUAGGGUCCACGUUAUUUCGGCUUCGCUAUUCAACAGCAGACAGUCUACCAACUCGAACCAACACUGAUACGGCGGAGUCCAUGUCACUUUGGCUUUGCUAUCCAGCAGCACACAGUAUACCAUUACCAAUGUCUACCGACACUCAGACGACAAGGGUCCAUAUUCUGCUGGCUUUGAUAUCGAGCAACACACAAUCUACAGACGCCUACCAACAAUGAAUCGAUGCGGGCCGAGUUAUAUCGGCUUCGCUAUCCAGCAGUUCUUCCAACACUUCACUGGCCUGAUUCGCAUUGUUCCGACGUUGUUGACCGGAACUUGCUACUAGCCGAGGGUUUCUGAACGUCGCAGCUGACGAGGAGGUUACCGCAGUGAGAGCAGGAACUAACUGCCACGCUGCGACGACACGCCAGGUCGUUAAUGCUGCCGCACGAUUCUACAAUACGCCUGCCACUGAUGUGAAAUAGCAUCGCGGCGCUAACUUAGAGACUCGAGGGUGAUCACGUGCUGGAUACUUCGAAAAAUGAUUUUUAGUGAGGUAUAGGUAGAUGUUUAGAUGUGGCCGCCGCGUUAGCCAUUGUCCUUCGCUUGCGUUGUAUCGAUGCGUGUUGAAGGAACAUCACUUGCUCAUGUGGAUGGACGAGCUGUUGAAGUCGUUUACUGACUGCUCUAAGUCAUUAUGUCGAAUAGCGGGUCGACAUAUAUAGUAAACAUGUGCAUGUCUGUCUGUGUGCGCGAGUGCAUGCAUGCGUGCAUGUGUGAUUGUGUGUCUGUAAGUGGGCGUGUGUCUGGCUGUCUGUUUGUAUUGUCUGUCUGUCUGUGUGCGCAUGCGUGCGUGUGCGUGCAUGCAUGUGUGGGUGGGUGAGUGCAUGCAUUCUUGCAUAUGUCUCUUUGUGGGCGUGUGUGGGUGUGGGUGUAUCUGUGUGUGAGCGUGUGUGUCUGUGUGGGUGUGUGUGUCUGUGUGUAGGCGUUUGGGUCUGUGUGUAGGCAUGUGAGGGAUUCGUAAUGCAUGUUAAUUUUGCAUAGGUGUAAUUUGGGCAGCCUCUUGCCAAUCAUCAUAUUAACUGAAAACAUCUCGAGUGGAAAAGAAAGCUUGAAAAACAUCGUAAUCCUAUUCUUUUGAGAUUUCCCAACAAACUCGGUUAAAUUACUAUUUGUAAUUUACCAGAGAUAUUGCCCAAUAAAGCUUUGUCGCAAACUAUAAUCCCAUAUUACUCAAGUUGGUAUCAGCUGGAAAAGCAGGCUAAAACAUUGAAUCGUAUCCUCAAUUUGAGUUAUACAUUUGUGCCUGUGAAUUUCUUAUUGUCUUUUUACUAGUGUUUUUUGUAUGAGGUAGAAAAUCACUAGUGGGAAAAAGUUCUGGUGAUCGAUUAUUUUGUUGUUCUUUUACACAUGAUAAGUAUAUGUUAUCCUCACGGUAAAUAGGUUACCAUACACUUCAAUCUCAUGACAAACUUGUAAAUAAUUUCGUAUUAUUUAGAUGGUCAGGGUAGGCAGAGGAUUACCAAGAUCUUUUGGGGGAGGCAAGUGAAUAGCUUAUUCUCAUUUAAAAAUUAAAGAAAUAAUGUAAACGUAUGAUUUCUUGAAUACCUAGAUAAAUAAAGUUGGGAUGGAAGGUGUCUGUACAGCUUAUACAAUUUUCAAUUGUUCGCGACUAUAAACCCUGUAUGAAUAUAAAUGUGUUAUUAUUAGGCAUCCUGUAGCGUAACCAAAUGCAAUAAUGUCGAUAUAUCGAUGGCACUAUUGUUGCAAAUGUGUUUAGUAGGAAAUCGAUCUCUGAUCGAAAAGCUUGGAGUGAUUUCUGGUAUCACGUGGUAAUUUUCUUGACUUCAAAUGACUCGCCCAAUUAAAAUAUUGCUGUAAAUAGCCUGAUCGCCUGCUUUUAAAAAUAUCUGCUAUUGAAUGACAUGAGAGAAUUACAACAUGGUGACUUGCAUUUCAUAGCAGAUAAAAGUUGGUAGUUAAUAUAUACAGCUGUUCUAUUCAGUGACUGCAUAUACGUGAUGGCUACGACAAGGCGUGCCCAUGCAGUCGUGUAUUUACCCAGUCGUACAUGCGUCUAGUCAUGUGCACCGCUCCCCAUGCACGUGGCCAGCCGUGCACUUGCCUGAGACAAGUUUAGCGAUACUCACAAUGCGUACUAUUCUCAGGUCAUUUGUUGCAAUUCAACCACACCUACUAGAAUGCAUCAGCAUUUCUUUGUAGUUUAGGCGUUAUUCAAGUUUCACUGACAGUUCGGAUGUUAUUGGCAUUUUUCUGUGAGGAAUUUUCUUGUUGGAGCAAUAAAUCGAAUAAUGGCUGUUAUACUGUCAUUGUCAAAUCGCACCCGCUGCUACCAGGUGUGGUUACCAAAUUCUAUCCACUGAUCUUUGGCGUGUGGCUGCUAGUAUUUGACAGUGUUGGCUGUUUUGGUUCACGUAGUUCGAUAUGACAAACCUCUAGAAUAGUAAUUGCAUGUUCACGUGAGUGUUAUUCUGCAUGUUAAGGAGCUAAACGUAUGUAUUGUAAAUGAAGAUCAGCCGCGUUUUCCCGCGCCCUUCAACUACUUUACUAGGAAUGGUUGUAAGUCGUUCAAAGCACACGCGACGUGCUUCGGGAACCAACUCGUAUAUUAAUCAUUUAAACUACGAAGGAAUAAAAGAUAAAUGAUUAUGGACUGUUCGUAAUUUGUUGAAGGGCUAGCUUUUCCGUGUGCUGUCAUAUACUCUGAUCUGUUAUUUUGAUCACUUUUGUGGAAUUGCUCAAUUGGGCAAUACGUUUAAUAAAAUGGGGGACGCGUAUCCCGAGUUCGCUUGUA